AACAAAAAGAUUGUCCGAAGAAAAACAUAAUCUCUCUCUUCCUUUCAAACAUUGUCUCUCUCUACUGUAUCCUUUGGACAGAGAGAGAGAGUUAUGUGGAGAGAGAAAGCAAGGUCACCACCCUUAGAAAAAGAAAGAAAAGAUUGCCAUUUGAGAGAUGAGUAAAGCAAAAACCAUCUUGUCAUUCUUAGGGUUUUCUUCAAACUUAAAAAAAUAAAAAAAAAAUAAAAAAUACAAACCUCACAAAGUAAACUCUUUAACCUCCUCAAAUGCAGGUACCCAUUUGAGAGUUGAUUCUCAGGAUCGGAUUCCCUACCCCAAGAUCUCACCAUUUUUUUUCUUCUUCUAGUAGAAUCUGCAUUGUUGCUUUGAGGUCUUAUUAUCAUUUGGAGUUAUGCUGAUUAUGAGACCAGACGGUGGCGCCUUGUUGUGCUAAGAAGUAUAUUUGUGUAUGUGAAGGGUCAGACUAGGGAAUUUUGUAAAUAUCGUAGAGAGAAGAUGAAAUCGGACACGCUUCUUGAUUAUGCUGUGUUCCAAUUGUCACCAAAGCGCUCAAGAUGUGAAUUGUUUGUUUCGAGCAAUGGGAACACGGAGAAGCUUGCUUCUGGGUUAGUAAAGCCAUUUGUUACUCAUUUGAAGGUGGCCGAAGAACAGGUUGCACUGUCAAUUCAAUCAAUUAAGCUUGAAAUUGAAAAGCAAAAUAAUGCGGAGACUUGGUUUACAAAAGGAACACUUGAGAGGUUUGUGCGGUUUGUUAGUACACCAGAGGUUUUGGAAUUGGUGAACACAUUUGAUGCAGAGAUGUCUCAGUUGGAAGCAGCUCGAAGAAUAUAUUCUCAGGGGGUGGGAGAUCAGCCUUCUGGAGCAUUAGGUGGGGAUGGUGCAGGAGUGACAGCAGCUGCUGAUGCAACAAAAAAGGAGCUUUUAAGGGCUAUUGAUGUACGUCUUAUUACAGUUCAGCAAGACUUGGCAACAGCUUUUGCUCGUGCAUGUGCUGCUGGUUUCAACUCUGACACUGUAUCUGAACUCCAACAAUUUGCAGAUCGGUUUGGUGCUCAUCGCUUGCAUGAGGCUUGCACCAAAUUCGUAUCUUUAUGCCAGAGAAGACCAGAAUUGAUUAGCCCUUGGAAACCAGGGGUGGAUGAUCAAGUGGUCAGAGCCUCAUGGGGAUCUGACAUGUCAAUCGAUGACCCAAAUGAAGACCAAAUUGGGUCCCAUGUUAAUAGUGGGUCCCACCAACCACCCCAAAAUAAACACCAAGAACAACAAGUACAACCAAACGCUACACAGACCCAGCACCGCAUAGACCAAUCAAAGCCAGCCAUAUCUCAACAACCAAAGCCCUCAAUUACUACACAACGUUGUUCUCAAAAUGAAAACAAGGAAGAAGAGAAGAAAGACGAGGGGGUGACUGAGUCAUCAUCUAGUCAGGCCAGUCAACCUGCUAGGCGGCUUAGUGUGCAGGAUAGAAUCAAUCUCUUUGAGAACAAACAGAAGGAGAGCUCAAGCUCUGGAGGCAAACCUAUUGCUGUUGGCAAAUCUGUGGAACUGAGAAGACUUUCAUCUGAUGUAUCAUCUGCACCUGCAGUUGUUGAAAAGGCUGUUUUAAGAAGAUGGAGCGGUGCAAGUGACAUGAGCAUCGACUUGGGCAAUGACAAGAAGGAUGGUAGUACAGAUAGCCUUUUGUGCACACCCUCCUCAUCUUCUGCGUCUCAGGGUAAAGGCAAUGUGUUUCAAGGUUUAUCUGAGGAUAAGGAACAGAAAGCUGAAAAGGGUUUGAGUGACAAGGUAAGUUCAGUUCAAGUUGAACCUAAGAGUGGUUCUGGUAGAUAUGCUGAUUCCGGGUUGAAAGAUCACAGAGAAGUGCAAGCACAGGUUGGUAAUUCUUUGGGGAGAGAAGAGAAUGUGGGGUUGAAGGGGCGCAUGAAUUUGAAGGAUCAAUUGGGAUCACAGAACAACCAAUAUCAUCAGUCUUUUGUGGGUAAGUCGGAACAGCUUGAGGUGGGUGAUCAAGUGGUUUCUCAGGAGAAGGUUAAGGGUUCCUUAACAGGAGAGAGGGGAGGUUCAGAGGUGCAGUCUCGAGUUUUUCCUGAUAGGGCUGUGAUUGUUAGGGUUAAAAACCAACCCACUUCUCAGGCGCAGGUGGCAGUUGCAGAUACAGGGGGGGAUGCCGUGUCUGAGGGUGAAUUAAAAAAUAGAGUGGAGGCUCAAGGGAAAGACCAAUCGACAAUGCAUUUGCGUCUUAGGGCUCAAGGUCACUCCCGAACAUUAUCAGGGCAGUUUGAAGGUAGUAUUGGACUGAAAACUAAGGAGGCUCAGUAUAAAGGCACUGAAGGUGAUCAGCUCAGUCCUCAGCCACGGUGGACAUCUUUCACCGGGGAAGUUGAGGAAUUGGGAAAGAAAGACUUAGCAUCAUCUGAGAAGCAAAUAAGCAAAGUUGAGGAUUCUGGAGCCCAGAAAAUGAAGUUCAAGAAACAGCUUCCAGUAGGUCCUGAACAGAGCAAGAAGUCACUGGGUCGGAGGGAUGACAGUGGUUCUCUUUAUGCAAAUAAUAAGUCAGUUCUUGGUAAAAAGGUUCCUGAAACUGAAGAGAGUUUCAGUGCCCCAAAAAUGCAAGAGCCAACUCAAAGGAUAAGGCAGACAAGGGGAAACCAGGAGCUGAACGAUGAGUUAAAAAUGAAGGCAAAUGAACUUGAAAAGCUUUUUGCAGAGCACAAACUUCGAGUUCCUGGUGAUCAAUUCAGUUCUGUAAGGAGAAGCAAGCCUGCUGAUGCGCUGAUUGAACAGGAAGCAAGCUCACAAUACAAGAAACCAGCGGCAGUAGAUGUGUCUCCUGCACAGAUGCCAGACAAAAACUCAGUGUCUGAACCAAUGGAGAGUUUGAGUAAUAUGGCUAAAUUUUGUACUCCUCUGACAAAGAUGGUAGAUAGCCAGGAAUGUGUUGAUACUUUGACGCAGAAUUUCUCUGGUAUUAGUUUUUCAGAUGAUUCUAGAGGAAAGUUUUAUGAGAGGUACAUGCAAAAGAGAGAUGCAAAGCUGAGGGAAGAAUGGGGUUCUAAAAGGGCUGAGAAGGAAGCCAAAUUGAAGGCUAUGCAGGAUAUCCUUGAGCGAAGUAGAGCUGAGAUGAAGGCCAAAUUUUCUGGUUCUGCUGGUAGACAGGAUUCAGUGUCUAGUGCUCGACGGCGAGCAGAUAAAGUGAGGUCAUUCAAUUUUCAGUCACAGAGGGAGCAGCAUCCGAUAAGUUCAAUUCAGAGUGAAGAAGAUGAAGAUCUUUCUGAAUUUUCAGAUCAGAAGUACUAUGGACAGGAUAGAUCAUUUAAUGAGGUAUCCUUAGUGGAUGGUUCUUCUAGGAGCUCCAACACUAAGAAGCUUUUGCCAAAUAGAAAUGUGUCUUUAUCCACUCCUCGCACCACAGCAGCAGCAGCAGCAGCAGCAGCAGCAGCAGCAGCAGCAGUUCCGCGCUCAGCAGCCAAAGUUUCGAAUGCCAGUUCUGGAAGGCGGAGAGUGCAAUCUGAAAAUCCUCUUGUGCAGUCUGUUCCCAACUUCUCUGAUCUCAGAAAAGAAAAUACAAAGCCCUCUUCGGGAGCUGCCAAGAUGAUUAGUCGUUCCCAGGUGAGAAACUAUGCUCGGAGCAAGAGUACCAAUGAAGAGAUUGCUCUUGGCAAGGAUGAUCAGCCUCGACGGUCUCAGUCCCUUAGGAAAAGCUCUGCUGGUCCUGUAGAAUUUUCAGAUUUGUCUGCCUUGAACUCUGAUGGCAUUGUUUUGGCACCUUUGAAAUUUGAUAAAGAGCAGAUGGAGCAGAGCUUCAGUGACAAAUUUUUGAAGAAUGUGGAAACAAAGACUUUCCUCAGGAAAGGUAACGGCAUAGGUCCUGGUGCUGGAGUAAAUAUUGCUAAGUUUAAAGCAUCAGAGCCACCUGAGACUCCAAAAGAUGAAGAGGAGUCUGAUGAGCUAGCAUUUGAAGUGGAUGAUUCCGUGGACAUGGCCAAAGAAGAUGAAGAGGAUGAGCUUGAAUCUAUGGUGGUUGAAGAUUCUGCUGACAUGGAAAAUGGAAGAUCAAGACUGAGCCAGGAAUCUGACAAGUUGGAUAAUUCUGGAUCAGAGAAUGGUGAUUGCUUGAGGUCUCUUUCUCAGAUUGACCCUGCAUCGGUUGCUGAGCUGCCUGCUGCAGUGCCCACUACAUUCCAUACUGCAGUAUCCCUGCAGGAUUCACCAGGAGAAAGUCCUGUAUCAUGGAAUUCUCGCUUGCAUCAUCCAUUUUCUUAUCCCCAUGAGACUUCAGAUAUUGAUGCUUCCAUGGAUUCCCCCAUUGGAAGCCCUGCAUCUUGGAAUUCUCACUCACUUGCUCAAACAGAGGUGGAUGCUGCUCGAAUGAGGAAGAAAUGGGGAAGUGCUCAGAAACCUUUUCUUGUUGCUAAUGCAACCCAUAAUCAGUCACGUAGGGAUGUGACAAAAGGGUUCAAAAGGUUGUUGAAAUUUGGAAGGAAAAGCCGUGGGACAGACAGUUUAGUUGACUGGAUCUCUGCUACAACUUCUGAAGGAGAUGAUGACACAGAGGAUGGCAGAGAUCCUGCCAAUCGAUCAUCAGAAGACUUGAAGAAGUCAAGGAUGGGAUUUUCCCAAGGCCACCCUUCUGAUGAUGGCUUCAAUGAAAGCGAGUUGUUCAAUGAUCAGAUUCAAUCCUUACAUAGUUCUAUUCCAGCACCACCAGCAAACUUUAAACUAAGGGAAGAUCAUAUGUCAGGAAGCUCAAUAAAAGCACCACGUUCAUUCUUUUCGCUCUCAUCAUUCCGAAGCAAGGGUAGCGACUCCAAGCCUAGAUAAAUUUCGUCUGAGGAAAGUCCAGGACAAGUGCUUGGAAUCAUCUUAAACAGUAGGGUGUAAAGGAAUAUAUAUAAGAUACAAAUGCUUGAGGUAGGCACGAUACAAUGAACAGUAUAAAAUCUACAAUUGGAUUUGUAAAUCUUCAUGGAGUCAUGAGGCCUUCCUCAUGAUCUAGUCAGUAAUUUUCUGUAGUUGUGUCGAGAUAUGUUGUAUAUUGUAUUGAACAAGAAAUUGCCUAUUGGCAUGAUGUCAUUGUGAUUUUGGUAGUCCAGAGGCAUUCUUUUUCUCCUUUUAAUUUGCUCUUGCCUUUUGAUGUAUACUAAAGGUUGAACUCUUUGUCAAAAUCAGAGUUAUGGACAAUGCGGAGUAACAGCUACGUAAAAGAAAA